AUGUCGCAAACCACAACGUCAAUCGAACUUGUGGGCUACCCUGAGACGACGGUUCCUGCCCUCACUGCCAAACCACUGGGCACUGAGAGAAGCAAGGACACACUGUCGAUAGCUGAGGAUCUGCGACCCAUCAAUGAGUUUCCUGAUACCUUCGCUGCCGAGCAGCGGGAUGGUCCAGGGAAAGGGACGACUGCCAUCGUCUUGGUGACGGUUGUGUGCGUUACCAUGGUCAGCUCCCUGCUGUCUGGCGUCAUGACGGUCACUUUGCCUACAGUUGCACGAGAAUUGGAGCUGGCACCUAGUGUGCUCUUAUGGCCCAUCUCUAUCUACGCUUUGACCUGUGGCUGCACGCUUCUCCUUCUCGGAUCAGUUGCCGAUGUCGUUGGCUCCCGGCCCAUGUACCUGACAGGUUGUCUCCUACAGUCAGCCUUUACACUAGCUUGUGGGUUAGCACAAACUGGAACACAGUUGAUAGUCUUCCGUGCCUUCGCAGGCGUUGCAAUAUCCUUCUGCCUCCCCUCAGCCGUCAGUAUUAUCACCAGUACGUUUCCCGAAGGCAAGAGCAGAAACAUUGCAUUUGCGUCCAUGGGCGGUGGCCAGCCCAUUGGCUUUUCAUUUGGACUCGUGCUCGGUGGUGUCUUCGCUGACACCAUCGGAUGGCGGUGGGGGUUCCACAUCAGUGCCAUUACCAACACCCUCGUCUUUGUCGUUGCCUUGUUUGGCCUGCCAAAAGUCGACAACAAGCAGCCACAAGUCUGGUCCCGCCUGAAGAGCGACAUUGACUGGGUCGGCAUCCUCUUCGGAAGCGCGUCACUGGCACUUCUCUCAUACUGCUUCGCCCUGAUAUCGGAAGAGACUGCUAAGAUUCGGGAACCUACCACAUUUGGCCUACUGAUCACAGCGAUCGCUCUCGUUCCUGCCUUCAUUUUCUGGGUCGGUCGACAGGAGCGACUGGGCCGACCCGCUAUCAUCCCCAACUCACUCUGGCGUAACCGCAACUUCAGCAUCAUCUGCAUUGGCGUCUUCAUCACAUGGGGAACUUUCAAUGCACUGGAAUCAUACCACACGCUCUUCUUUCAAAACGUGCAGAAACUCUCUGCGAUUCAGACAUCGAUCCGAUUCCUCCCUGGACCCGUAUCUGGGGCUCUCGCCAAUGUAGUCAUGGGCCUGAUCGCCCACAGGGUUCGAGCUGACUGGGCGGUAACUGUCGGGGUAUUCUGUACCACUCUUGGCGGACUGCUCAUGUGCAUCAUACAGCCGCAGUGGUCUUACUGGAGCUGCGCAUUUCUUUCCGUGUUCUUCAAUCCCAUUGGUGCAGACACGCUAUUCACAGUUUCGAAUCUCGUCAUUACCUCAGUGUUUCCGGCUCGGACGCAGGGACUGGCAGGCGGUGUUUUCAACACGGUGGCGCAGAUUGGGAAAAGCGUGGGUCUGGCGACCAGUGCAGUCAUUGCCUCUAGUGUUACCGAGCAUUCGGUCUACGUCGAGAAAGCAAGCCCUGCAGCGCUGAUGGAGGGGUUCCGCGCCGCGUUCUGGUAUCUGUUUGCGUUGAGCUGCGCCACGGGACUGUUGUUGGGGUGGGGGCUGAGAGGAAUCGGGCGGGUGGGUAUGAAGAGGGAGUAG